GUCUCUGAGAAGUCAAGACACACAGCCUAUCAUAAACUUAGUCAGUCUCCCGUGUGUAGUUUACCUGGGCUGGAAAAACCUGAACGCUCUACACCACGGACUUUUGAAAUGGAGGGAACAGAUUAAAAAUAUGCGGAUUUUAUUUUUCUGUGUGCACCCCAUGACGAAUGGAAGAGACAACACAUCUGGUGGCUAUGACUUCGAGAAUUCAAGACAAUAAUUGCAUUUGUUGUUGAAGCCAAGUGCCGGGAGCGCAGCUGCCUUCGUCUGCCUUAAAAGUACUCCGAGGCACGACUUCUCUGUGGACAUCCCGCCGAACAACACGAACCCGAGAACCCCCGGGGGCUCCCAUCAUCAAUCUCUCGCCUGCAGUAGACGUGUCCACCAUGGCCCACCCGUACGAGCCCUGGCUCAGAACAGCGCCGCCCGGUGGCAGCUCCGACGACAUGAACAUUCCCUCCUGGUGGGACCUCCACACCGGACCGGGCAGCUGGAUGGACCUGCAGGCCGGCCAGGGCGUGGGUCUCCCCUCCGUCGGCACGGGGGUCUCCAUGGGACUCCAGUCCUCCCUGGGGCACUACGGCUCUGAGCCCCAGCUGUGUACCCUGCCCCCGGCUCAGCUCGACCCGGGCUGCCACUCGGCCCACCUCUUCCAGCAGGACGGCUUCAAGAUGGAGCCCCUGGGCCAGGAGAUGAUGCAGCAGGAGCGCUUCUCCCUGGAGGAACCUCAGGACAAUGCGGGAGCCGCCCGACCCAAGGCCCAGCGCCGCGCCUCCUCCAGAGGCGCCGGCCAGGCGGUCUGCCGGUGCCCCAACUGCGUUCACGCCGAGCAGAUGGGCCAGAGCACCGACGACGGCCGGAGGAAGCACAUGCACAACUGCCACAUACCCGGCUGCGGCAAGGCCUACGCCAAAACCUCCCACCUGAAGGCCCACCUCCGCUGGCACAGCGGGGACCGCCCGUUCGUCUGCAACUGGCUCUUCUGCGGCAAAAGGUUCACCCGCUCGGAUGAACUCCAGCGCCACCUACAGACACACACCGGCGCCAAGAAGUUCAGCUGCGCCCUGUGCCCCAGGGUGUUCAUGCGGAACGACCACCUGGCCAAGCACAUGCGCACGCACGAGUCCUCACCGGGGCAGGGGGAAGAGAGGGUGAACGGAGAAGGUAGGAUGGAGAAGGGCCUGGACACCCCGACGGCCCCUCAGCCCUCCUCCCACGCGCCUGCGGCCGACGCGGCGGAGCAGCCCGCCAAGAUGAAGUGUGAGACUGAUCCCGCGGCCUCAAACUGAACAGGAUCGUCCGGCUAACUACAUCAUUGCAUUUUAAAGAAUUGAAUUAUUAUUCGACUGUUACUUCUCUUUAUGUCUGACAAAGGCCUUUGCUGUCGUGGCAUCUGUGCCAUCUGAUUAUCCCUCCCGCUCUUUAGUCAGAAAUUAAUUCAUUCGAAGACUAUUCCCAUAGCUAGAGGUUUGGACCAGGUACCUUUGUAGUUUCCGCAUGUCUGGUAGAGACACUCUCGAAAAAAAUAUAAUUAUUAUAAUCAAUGGACAGAGGAAUUAGAAAAUGUUUACAUAUGUUAUAUGCAAGGUCGGCAAAGGUCUGGUAACAGAUGGUUUCAUUCGAAUGAGCCAUUGACCACGGCUUUGUAGACACAGUGAAUCUAGACAAGAUGUCGGACUCGACAGGCGCGCCUUCUUCUAUCUAGUCCAAAUGAAGUGCCUUUCCACGCUGGAGCCAACCCAUGUCCCUAGGACUUCCACUGCUGCUGUUAUCAAUAGAACAUAUAUUAAGACUUGGAAUAAUUUAACCUGAGGGGGAUUUGGUGAUGUGUGUGUUCAGUGAAAAUAGGUAACCAACACUGUUACUUGAGCAAAUAUGAACAGUGCAUUAUGGCCGAUGCACGGUUCUUAUAUAUUUUAUGUUACAAAUUUUACCAGCAUUUAUGUCAGGGCGGAUAAUUCGUUUCUUGUGAGCAUCAAACAACCAGUUACUACAUUACUGUAGUUACUGCAUCUUUUAAUUGUACGACACUGGAUAUUGGAAAAUAACUUUAAUGAAGUUUAAUUAGCCAUUUUAUAUUGUUCCACUAUAUGUAAUACAUUCAGGCAUUGUAUCUUUAUGCAGUGAAAUGGCAUUUGAGAAGAAAACAUGUUUGCAGUGCAAUGGCAACAUCCUGUUGCCAUAGCAAACUAAAUAUGAGAAUUUAUAUAAUGUUACUGGAAUUUAAAAUGUAUAGAACAUGCAAUUUUAUUUCAGUUGAAAUGCUGAACAUGUUUUUUUUUUUUUAAAUAUAAAUGAAUGAAAAUGACUGAAUUAAACCACUUUUGUUUUCGGUUAUUAUUAAUUUUACAGAACAAUUUUGUGUUUAAUGAUCUUCUCCAGGAUACAUCUUAUUUAUGUGUCAAUUAUAAAUAUGUCAUAAUGUCAAUUCAUAUCUAUAAUCCUCUUUGUGAAUGAUAGUCUUUUGACUCUGCCGAGUCUAUUUAAAGGAAUUCAAAAUACCACUGAAGAAUGUCAUCAACACUAUGUGAAUUCAACAUGAAACCAUAAUAGUUCAUGGAUAUUGAUAAUGAACAUUGUCUGAACAAAGAAUACUUAAGAGGGAACUCAACUACUUAACCACUACAACACUAAUAGCAUUUGAUCAGUUGAUUGCUUUAUAGGCACCAUAGUUGCGUAGCAGACAAUACAAGCAUCUUUACAGGUUUAAUAGUAUUAGGACAUAUGUAAACAAAGAAAGACUUAACAAUGACAAUAAUACCGUUUGAAUUAGGGAAUGAUACAUGUUAGACGCUCUAUUUUACUGAACUUAAUUAAUAGAAACUAAGGAAUGAGAGCAAAGUAGUUCAUAUUUGUCAAUUGUUUACCAUUGUAAUAUCUAUUGUUAUCAUAGGCUAAUGUUUUACUUCCCUUGUUGUUUGUCAAAGAACAAUAUUAAAAUUGUUCUCUGUUCGCUUCGGGGUAUUUUCUAGAUAUUUUAGAUAUUUUAAUAAAUAAUUUAUGUACCAAAAUGUAGCUGUUUGUAUUUUUUUUUCCAAUACAAAUAUCUUAUUGAAUAAACGAUAAUGCUA